GUGCCGCUCCCAUAUCAAUAUUACCACUUUUUAACCUUCCGCUAAUAUUUCUCCUUGUGAGAAUCAAUUCGGUUGCAAAUAAUUCAUGGCUAUUUGCUUCGUUAGCCAUCGGGGCCGGACUGUCCUAUGGUGAACAAAGCGCACCUGAGGAUAGUUGUUUUGCUAAUAUGUGGGUUUUGAUGAUGGUCGGAGCUGCAGUAGCAUUUUUAACGUUAUUACCGAUGAUAAUGACCAAAUAUCUAAUAAAAUUUCUCAAACAAAAUCAAUUUUUUAAUGAAAAAGUUUUAAAUAGUGAUGAAAAUAAUUCUUAUACAACAUCCCAAUUUUAUUUAUUUUUAUUUCCCGCUCUAUGGACCGUUACUUGGUCAGUAUUUCGAAGAUAUAUCCCUCUUGGUUCGUGGGGAGAUUGGGCAUACACUGUAAAUAAUUCAGGAUAUAGCGGAGAUCCUAUAAUGCAAAUUACAAGUAUUGGAGGUUUAAAAACUCCUCAUCGUCUACAAUAUCUGGAAGAUAGUAAUAAUAAUUCAAAAAAUAUUGAAACCCUAACUGUGGGAUGUGUUCUACCUCCUCCAGGCUCAAACAUAAAAAAAAUGUUAAAAUUGACAGAAAUUUUAGCAACCCAGCAUAAUUCGAAAUUAAUCCUUUGGUCCGAGUCCGCAAUCGAUUUACGAGAUAGUAAUGAAUUAAAAGAAUUAUUAAAAAAUGCAACUGCUCUUGCCAUUAAAAAUAAAUCUGCCAUAGGAUUUACGUAUACUAUUUCCGAAGGAUUUAAAAAAAAAAAUAUGUUAACACUAAUUGGACCUGAUGGAGAGAAAGUAUUUGAAUAUCAAAAAACGCAUCCCGUUCCGAUCGCGGAGUAUUCCACUGAAAGUGGUCCGGGCGGUAACUUACCAAUAAAAAAUAUCAAACUACAUUACAAAAGUUCCAAAGAUACUAUGUCUAUAAAUGUAUCAGGUGCGAUAUGCCUCGAUGUAGACUUCCCUGAAUUACUCAGUACGGCAGCUGAUGCUGACAUCCUUUUACAACCCUCACAAACAUGGUCAUCAAGAAUCGGACUACAGCAUCUAAGAAUGGCAUCCACUAGAGCCAUCGAAAAUGGAUACUGGGUUUUACGGUGUGAUGGAGGAGGAGCCAGUGGAUUAAUUGAUCCCCUCGGUAGAAUUCGACACGUCGAGUUUUCAUCUGAAGCGAAUAAUAUAUUUAGUUUUGAUUUACCCCUUAUUUUAAUUUCAAAUUAUGAUAAUGAUGAUGAACACAUCAAAGAUGUUAAAAAAAUUCAUACGAUUUAUUCUAAAUUUGGAGAUUUGGCAAUCUCGGGAUGCAUAAUUUCUUUGUUUUUAUUAAAAGUUUGUUGGGUUGCUUUGUGGAGCACGAGGAAACCCCAAAUGGAAGAAAUGUGGGAAUAUGGAACGAAUGCUAUGAAUAAAGCAAAAGAAUGGGCCAUAUUGAAUUACGACCAAUCGUUCAAAAAUGUAGAAAACGAAUUAACGUAA